AGUAAAACCUUUUAUCAUAAGAUGAAGUCUUCAAAAUUGCAUUUUGUUGUUGUUCUCAUCAUCAUUUCUUUCAUUCUUAAUAUUCAAUCUGCUAGAAUUCUCGAUGAUUCAUCAAGCGAUUGUGAAUUCAAAGGACCUUGUCAAAAGAAGACAGAUUGUUACGAGAGAUGUGGAGUAGGAAAACCACCCUUCAAAAUUGCUUUGUGUGAACCUUAUGGAAAUUCACGUGUAUGUUGUUGUAUCUAAUUAUUCAUAGCCUCAUUUGAUAGAAGUUAUGUCUUUUAGUUUUAUCUGAAAGAAAAUAUAUAUAGCAAUAUGAUAUGCUUACACAUAACUACAUUUUUACUUACACUUUGGAUGUAUUUCAACAUAUAUCAAAUUACAUAUCUUCAAUAUAUGGAGGGUUAUAGAUAAAUCAAAUUAUGGAUGAUUCAUCAAGCAAUUGAUAAUUAACUAUCAAAAAUAAUAGAUAAUCAAAUAUUAAUAAUUUAUUUUAUUGGCUGGUGGGGUGAUUUCGAAAAAAAUUAUUAUAUUUAGUAUACAAUAUUAAGCAUUUAUUAUAAAAUAGUUAACUUUUGACUAGUCAAAUCUAUUUAUUUAUUUAAUUUUUUGUUCUAACAACAAUAACACAUCAGACGAAAACACAUUUUGCUAACGAUUUAACUUAAAUCUAUGUAAAUAUAAUAUAAAUAAACUUGAUAAGUAUAAGAUUAAAUGUAAAUUGAAGGCUCGAUAAAUAUGCGUCUGAGUUUGGCAGACAAAUUUUUCCUUCUAUCAACGGUGAUCCUUCUAUGUCGACGAAAAUUUUCAAUCCAGUAUGGCUCUGUGAAACUUGAAAACCAAAUCUGAAAAUAUUUCAGAAAUCAGGAUGAUUUUCUAUCAACUUAUAGAAUGAAUAACUAAUGGAGUUUAACUCGUAAUUGAAUGUUAUUGGUGGAUAUAGAAAGCUGGAAAUGACAGCUUUCAGAUCCCAACGUGAAAGUGACUUAAGUCCUUCUUUAUCAACUGGAAAUCACUUCACAAUAUGGCUCUGUGAAGCAGAAAAAAAAAAUCUUAUAAAUGCAAUCUAUGGGGUAAAUGGAUUAAAUGCAAUCUGCUAAAGGAGAAAAGUUUCUGGGUGUUAAUAGGAAAGCUACGAUAGAGGAAGCAGUUCUAAAUUUUUGGAGAAGAAGAAGACAUCGUAUUGGGUUAUUAAAUGAUAUUGAAUCAGAGUUGAAUAUUUUUAAAGGGAAUCUGAGCUCAAAGUUGGAUGAUGUUAGCUUAUGGAGAAGGAAGUCGGGAUUUAAGCAUAAAUUCUCGACCCAUGAGACUUGGAUGUUAUUGAGGGAGAUUAAGACACAAUGCACUUGUUCCCAUGGUAUUUGGUUCUCCCAAGCUACGCCAAAGUUUUCUUUUAUGUCUUGGCUGUCGAUUCUGGAUAUAAUGUCCACAUUGGACAGAGUCUCUCGUUGGAAUCAUGGGGUAGAUACAACGUGUGUUCUGUGCAAGAAUGCCCAUGAAUCAAGGAAUCACCUUUUCUUUGAAUGUUUCUAUUCCUCUCAAUUUUGGGAGCAUAUCACUAAAGGGAUUUUCCGAAACUCCUAUAGUAAUGUCAGGUCCGAGAUUCUGAUGCUAAUUACAGAUGAGACUAUGGAAAAGAAGAGCAUGUUCUGUAUUAGAUAUGCGUUUCAGGCGGUCUUGUACUCGCCGUUGAAGGAACAAAAUAAGAGUAAGCAUGGUGAUAAGUUGAUGCCGAUGCCAGUUUUGAAGAAGUUAAUUGAUAAGGGGAUUGGAAAUCUAUUAUAUAAUAGGAGAGUUUCUCUCCCCCUGAUGCGACACGUCAGCGGUCUGUGGGUCCCACUUUUUAAAAGUGUGAAAAAAUGUCAAAUAUAUGGCUCGAACCCAGGUUAUUGAAAUAUAAACAUCCACAAUUAUACCACUGCACUAAAGGAUACUUUGUACAUUGAUGGCCGAAACUAAUAUAUAUUAUGAAGGUCGGAAACUAAUAUAACAUUAUGGACCCCACCUUUUUUUUUAAAUUGAUGGGUAACGAAUGGACUUCGACAAAAUGGGCUUUGGGCUUAUUGAUUUUCUGUUUAUUAGGCUUUGUAUCUGCCCAAAGUGGUGAUACAGACAAAGCUAAGAAGAUUAGGGAAGCCGCCAUCUUCACCAUCUCCUUCGUCGCUUGCGAUUCCCCUUCUGGCAAUCAGUUAUUAUGGUCGAUCUUUACGGCUCUACGCACGUUUUGCGCCUACCAAACGCUUAGUUUCUGCUCUAACGCCUUCAGAGCUCUCAUAUAUAUAGAAUCCCUCGAGGUAUAAGCUCCAUCUUGUCUCAAACUUUUCUUUCUCAGUUUUCCGUUCGCUUUACUUUCUCACAUCCGUCGCGAAAAUGACUUAUCCAGCUGCUCCAGCCGCUUCAGCCACCAUUGCCGCCGUUCCCUUCUCCACCUUCAACUCUCUUCGCCUUGGAAGGUCCACUCAAUCCAUUGUUGGUCGGCUCAUCCGAUUCUAGGAUUCCAGAAACAUUAACAAGAAUGGAGAGUUUAUGGGCAUCACCAUUCUCCUCCUUGAUGAACUGGAUUCUGUGAUCCACGGUUUCAUCCCUGCAAUCUCCAAACAAAACAUGAAAACUGAAAGAAUUAUGUUUUUAGCAACCGAAUCUAAAAGAAAUAAAAGACAUCUUACUUAAUAAAUUAAAACCUUUUCUUUUGCAGAUUCCAACGACGAUGAAGCACCCGAGGACCAACGACAAUGGAAUGAUGCGGACGAAGCCUAACUGAUGUAAGUAAACUCCUCUUCAAUAACGCAUCACACUAUUAUCGCUCCCCAAUCUCACAAACUUAAGCUCUAAUCAUGCCAGGGAUCCCACAGGUGAUGCUGUCCCGACAACGGAGAAAAAAAAAGAAAGAUAACCUAACGUUUUUUUUAUUUUCAGUUUUUAAGUUCAAAUCAUGUUUUAGACAUAGAACCCAACAUAAUUUGAGCCCAAACAUUUUAAACCCACAAUUACUUUUUCAUAAUGUAAAAACGUCAACCUUCGUUUAUGUUUUGUUAAACUAUUUUAAUCUUUAUGUUUUGUUAAACUAUUUCACACAGGGGGCAGAUCUCCUUAGAAGGGGAGCCACUCGCCACGAUGCUUCCAGUUUCACCAUUCUUGAAACUCUUAUGAACCACAAAGCCAAUAUAAGAGCUCUGUUUCAAUCUAACGGCUGGAUUUUGUCACAGACCACCGCUAAGCCUGAAGAGAGAAGAGAAGUGAAGUGCUGCGUUUUGGAAGAUGGUUACUUGGAGUUUACAAUAUGAAGAUGGAACCCGUGACGAGGAAGACGAGGAGAAGUGUUACUUGGAAUAUCCUAACGUUGAGGAUGUAGACAAUGUGUGAUCUUAGCGAUGAAGAUUAGUGUAGCUUUAAUAUAUGCUACUACGGUCCUUGAGCUCCCUAACAAGUACUAGCAAACAAUGUGUAUUUUGAAAAAAUAAAAUAAUUUUGUAAUGCAAGUAGUUUGAAACU